AAAUCGGCAUGCGUGUCCUACAGAAGCAUUAGGCCAAAGAAAAACAGGAAUUGUUCAAAGAAAAAGAAAAGAACAAAGGAAGGCGGCCGACCCAAAACCAUCGCUCUCUUCACCGCCGCCCUGUUCCCAAAUCAAGAAGGGGAAGCAAAAGAUAGUGAAGGAGUGAUGUCGUCCAAGACCCCAUCGACGGCGGCCAUGAGCGGCGGCGCGGGCACCAGCAACGGGAACAGUCUCAGCCGCGUGAUUCGGCCGGAGAGUCGUUUCAUCCCCUACAAAGCGGAGCAAAUCGAGGAGAGGUUGCGGCUCCUCUCCAUGAUUGACACCUUCUGCAGAGAGGCGUGCGAUAGGCUCGUUGUGGAAGCGACGCCCGCAACACGCGCCCGCUUCCUCGACGCCGGCGUCUGCAUCGGCCUCCUCGACCCCGUCUCCAACGUCAUGGCCAACACCCUCGUCACCUCCGACCUCAGCUCCGGCCCCAUGGACAAAGUCUCGGAGGAUACCAAGCUGGGAGAGAUGGCCAAGCGCUCACUCGACGGCCUCAUGGCCUUCCUGAUCUACUUCUUCCCGUACCUCGCCGGGUGGAAGGCCGUGCGAUACCUGCUGGUCCCCGAGGCCGACCUCCUCGUCGCUGCGCGCCUAAUAGUGGCCGACCGCGGCAUGACGGGGUUCUCGGUCAUCUCACUGGCAUCAGUGGCAGCCUUCGAGGCGGCCCUCAGGUUGGCUGCGCAGGUCGCCAAGCACCCUCAGCCGAAAUGCCUCGUCAGUGUUUGGAUGUCGCUGUCCUCCCAACUGCAACAGGUCCUCGGUUUCCUCUCGGCGAUGCAGACCCAGACACAGGGACAUGAUAUGAACCUUGGCGUAGGCAUCCAAAGGUUACUUGGUGGACAGUCGCUUCCAGACCUGGGGAAAGCUUGGAACCUUGCAGCUUCUCGGCCACCUUACAACAACAUUGCCGAUAUGCCAUACAAAGCCACUCGAUCUCUGAGGAUGGCACUUCUCGACACAAUUCACAGCUUCUACCUACGAGCCCUGGCAAGGCUGCCGCGUGCAGAGCUGCGCACUCGCUACCACCGCAGCAUGCUCAUGGCCGGUUACUGCUACGGCCCCUUGGACCCUGUCUCCAACAUCAUCGUCAAUACGAUUUGGUACGAUGUCAUGUUUGCAGCACCCCAACCACCGGUGUUGGACAUGAUCGGCCCAAGCAGUCUUACCCGAUUGGAGAGCCGCUCCUUUUAUGGUCUGGCCUCGUUCCUCCAAACCCGCUACCACAGUUUGUCAGAGCACCAACUGGUGCAAUGCCUAGUUGACUCCUGUGCUCACCUGUCCGUGGCUGAUCCAAACUUUGAUGCGGGGUUUGCCUACCUGCCUUUUGCUGAUCCCAACAUUAGUGCUGCUGCAUCUGCUGGUGCUAAGAUGGAGGCGAUACGCCAGCAACAAGAAUGCAGGACCAGCACACCCGGCAUCUAUGAUGCUGUCAGGAAGUUGGAGAAACAAAGACCAUGCACAAGUGCCAAUGAAGCCUACGAAGCUGCAGCCACCGCAGCAUGGCACCCCAACCCUGAGGCCCAGGCAGAGUUUCUCAGUUCAGUUUACUUGAUGCUCAACGGACCUGCCUUGCUCCUGCUGCAGAACGGCGACCAACUCACUUCUGAAAACGUGCUGUUCAUCGCCAGCUUAUUGUCUUCCAGACAAAAACCAACUCCAGAACUAAUUGAAAAGAGGAACCGUGUCCCCGCAAUGGAGGCAAAGAUGCGUUCCGAGGCUCAACAAAGAAGAAUCACCAAAAAGGUGAAAGAUGCAUUGGAUAAAUACUUGCUACGAGAUGGGGAACCCAUGUAUGAUCUUCAUAUUAUCUGUGGUGCAAAUGAAUCCAUUGGCAGCCCUGAGUACUGUGCCGAUGUCCUGAGAGAUCCCCUGUCUUAUUCCCCAUGCAAAUUCCGUUACUCGCAUGUAAAUUUUUUGGUGACCCAGAAGGAUUCCUCAUCUGCAGAAAGAUAUCCCUUACUCUUUUUUGCUGAAUUUGAUAAUGAGCAGGAGGGUGAGCCCCUAUGCUGUCUUGUUGAUGUGCCAAAGCCAUUUGCAGAACAUGUUCGGUGCCUGUAUUGUGAGGCUCGAGGGACCAAAAUUGUGCAUCCGGCGUUGGAAAAUUUUCAUGGGAAAGAAAGGGAGUUGGAGAGGGAGUUUGAGGAGGCUAUCUCUAAAGGACGUCAUGACCAGCUUAUCUGCAAGAAUGAAUCUGCUGUUCAGCACUUGUGGGGAGUGGACGAGGAUUUCAUGUACAUUGAUAUCAGGUGCAUCAGUUAGAUGCUCUGUAAUGUUUUCAGUUAGAUACUCUGCGAUCUGCGAUGUGUUUCUUGCAAGGCCACCGUAUUGUGCCUUUUUUUUUCUUCUUGCAGACGAAAGCAUCACAAUGAAGGAUUUUUAUACUUCAUCUAA